GUUGUAGAUGCAGUACAAAAAUACAGAUGCAAUCAUGUUUAAUGAUGCUGUCACAACAGUUCUGUAAUUUGUGACAACUCAGACACAAAAUGUAACACAUUUUCAUUAGAUAAAUUUAGGUAAAAUUCUGUAAAUUUUCAGGGGGUCAAGGGCCUUGCAAAAGGACCCACAUGUCGUGGCUGGGCUUUAACUGGAGAUAUACUAAUCACAGGUAUACAGGCUUAGUCCACUGGGCUACACACUACCUCCCAAGCCAAGUUAGUACACACCUCAGUUUUGGGUUUGUGAUUCGGUGCACUUUCAGUAUAACAUGAAGAACAAUUUGGUUUAUAAUUAUUUAUUAUUAAUUCUGCAAACACAAUCAGGCACAGUUGUAAACCAAAGGCAGUGUAUCUGUUGAUGUGUCUGAAUAACAAAAUUGAAGAGAUGCUUAUUUGUACAUUGUAAAAAGAAAUAUGUUCAAAUUCAUCUGCAUCAUAACAGUCAUAAUGAACUAAAUGUCUUGGCAAACGUGCCUUAAAUGCCACAGGAAGAUUACUUGUGGACUGUAGCUCUUGAUAGACCUUAACCUCUUGCUAGAAAGGAAUGUUUGUGAAUAAUCCAUGCCGAGGGUGGAAGGCAUCAGCUACAAUCUUUGUUAAUCACUUCAUGGUUCUGGAGGUAUGCAGGUGUGACUCAAAAAAAGCCACACUCAUUAACUGAACAUAUUUAAAUCAACAGCACAGUGUUGUUUAUAGAAUAAAUGUAUGUCACUGUUGGUCUCCAAACACAACAAUGUCUAUACCAAACAGAUUCUUCUGCAGUGGAAAACCAAAGUGAGCUAGGACUGCAUUGUAACUAGACUUUCUUCGCAGUAUGGCUGGGGAAUGGCUCGGUUCCUUCAUGCCAGUGGAAAAAUGCCAUUUGUAUGAUGGUAUGAAUUAUUGCCAUGUGUCAGUAAUUUUUCAGGUUUACCUGCAGUUUCCUGCUUUAUGAUGGGUGUCACCAUUUCCCAAUUUGUCCAAAAGGUUGUGUACACCUCCUCCCAAGUUUUCAUAAAUACAGUAAAACCUCGGACUGUGAGCAUAACUCGUUCCGGAAACGUGCUUGCAAUCCAAAGCACUAUAUAAAAGCAAAUUUUUCCAUUAGAAAUAAUGGAAACUCAGAUGAUUCAUUCCACAACCCAAAAAUAUUCAUAUAAAAAUGAUUUAUACAAAAUAUAAAGUAAAAAUACAUAAAACAAAUUAACCUGCACUUUACCUUUGAAAAGAAUUGUGGAUUUUCUGAGGGAGAUGACAGAGAGGAGAAGAGAAGGGUUAUUUUGUAGGAUAACUUUCACUAUAACUAACGGAAUCUAUCUGCUAGAUCUGUUGGCUCACUGGAAUGUUUUUCUUUUUGUGUGACUUUAACAAGGAAUCUAUCGAAUGAGAACUGCUUUUGUCUCCUUUUCGAUUUCGUGGAAAUAUGAACCUUGCAUUGUCCUUAAACAGAUUCACCGUUCACACUGCUACGCCCUUAUUUGGAUGGUGCUUUUCUACUAAAUUUUGAUUAUACAAGUGAGGCACGCAGACCAAGACCGAGCAUGGGAAACAAUUAUACACAAUCCAAAUAAAACGAGAGAGAGAGCCAUCGGCUCAGUUGUGAUUAAGUGAUGCUAGGCAGACAAAGCGUAGACAUAAUACUUGUAUCGCAAGACCUUGCUCGUUUAUCAAGUUAAAAUUUAUUGAAAAAUUUUGCUCAUCUUGCAAACCACUCGCAAACCAAGUUACUCGCAAUCCGAGGUUUUACUAUAUAUCCAUUUCCCUUGAAGUUUUGAUCAAUAAAGCCAAGAUUUUUUGUCUGUACACGCAGAGUAGUCUACCUUGACUACACUUGCUUAAUUUUAAUAAUAAGUAAUAUAGGUUUUUGGAGCUGGUCUGGCUAUUCAUAAAAACAUGUAUGAUGAACAUAUACACCAUUAUAAGAAUGCUCUCUUCAUAGCAACAACAGCUUAUUAUGUAAACUUAAAUAAGCCCAGCAAAGGGAACACAAGAGCUUUGUUUUCCACUGUACGGUGUACACACAUCUUCAAGCCACCUGAUAGUCUUCCACCUCAUAUGUACUGCACUGCUCAAUGUAACACUUUCAUGGCAUUCUUUAAUGCCAAAAUUGAAAACAUCCACCAGCAAUUGAUUUAUUCUAGUAAUAUAGCACACAGCUCAUCAUAUCUGCCCUGCUCCCCCCUCCUCUUUCUCUGUCUAGUUUUAAACUUCUAUGUCUGAAAUCCGUGGCUUUAUUCAAAAAUCGAAAUCUUCUGCUUGUCAGUUAGAUCCCAUUCCCACUCAUCUGGUAAAGGCCUGUUCACUCUCUUUGUCCUCUAUAACAACUGACAUUAUACGUACUUCCCUAAUUUCUGGUCUUGUAUGUUCAUCUUUUAAAACUACUGCAGUAACUCCAAUUCCAAAGCUUGCACCUAUUUCAAACUUAAGUAUUCAAAUACUUGAGAAAACUGUUGUAGCCCAGGUUCACUGCCACCUUACUGACAGUCAUCUGUUCUAACAGUUUCAGUCUCGGUUUUGUCCUUUUCAUGACACCGAGACAGCCCUGGUCAAAAUUAACAAUGACUGGCUGAAGGCAGUUGAUUCAGGGCUGUUAUCAAUACUUCUGUUCCUUGAUUUGAGCUCAGCCAUUGACGCAAUCUCUCACAAUAUCCUUCUGGACAGGAUAGUAUCCAUUGGUAUCACUGGUAGUGUCAUGACCUGCUCGUGCGAUCUUCGUGUGUGCUGCGCCCCCUCAUUAACCCCGUGUGGAAUCCCUACGUUCACCAGCCGUUCCGCAUUUCCUGUCUUCGGUCUUGUGUAUUUAGUCCGCGUUCAAGUGUUUUUCCCCAGUCCGGUCAUUGAUGUAGUCCACCAUAUGUUUUGCCUGAAUAAACCCCGUCUUUUUGGAUUCCCGUCUGCCCGAUCCUGAUUUCCCCGCUCCCCGCUCACUUGACCCACACACGGUCGUUACAGGUAGUCCUCUUUCCUGGUUUAAAUAAUAUCUCUCUAGUCACACUCAGUUUCGUCAAUUAAAAAAAAUGUAAUCACAGUCUUGCCUCAUUAUUAGCAGAGUUCUUGGCUACAUUUUCAGGAAAUUUGGUAUACAGUUCCACUGUUGUUGUCACGAAUGCCAACCAAGGAAGCAGGAGCAGAGAGACAGAAGAUCAGGGAAAUGCAGGAUUUAUUAGAAUGGUUAGAAAUAGAACAGUCUGAAUGAAGUUUUACUUGCGGACCUACCAUUUCUUAGCACUGCUAUAAAACACCACAGUUGUUUUAACACUGUAAUUUCAACAUCUUUGACAACGUGGUGGAAAAUCAACCAAAUUUUUUACGUAAAUAUGAAACCUUGCAAAUACACUCCAAUAUGGCAUAACCCAGACUUUCUACUCAACAAAAAAAAACACUUUUCUUUACUGCAUGGAAACUAAAGGGUAUCACACAUCUUGAACACCUAUUCCAUAACAACAGCUUUAUCACUUUUCCACAUCUUACUCAUAUGUAUGAUAUAGGAGAUGAACAGUUUCCUCAUUACUUCCAACUUAAAACAGCUCUGAAAUCUAAGAUCAGUCUAUUUAACAACAAUCUAUAGCCAUCCCAAUUACUAGAAGAAAUACUCAAAAUAACAAACCAGAAAAACAUUCUCUCAAAAUUAUAUAAACUAAUAUCUAUGGCAAAUUCAAUGAUUUCCAUUCCAAUUGAAGCCUGGGAAAAAGAUUUGUCAUUCACUCCUGAUAAGGAAUUCUGGCUCCAAAUCUGUAGGAACACCUUCACAUUGACUAAUAACACUAAUCUUCAACUUAUACAGUAUGAGGUGAUUCACAGAGUACACAUCACCCAGCACAAAAUGCACAAGAUGGGAUUUAUAGAGAGUGAUAUUUGUUCACAUUGUACUUUAAAAACUGUAGAUGACUAUUUCCACUCCAUCUGGUCAUGUCCCCCAACUCAACACUUUUGCCUAAAAGUCAUCAACACAAUCUCUUGUAUUAUGGAUCGUGGCAUUCCACUAUCAAACAACAAACAAACAAAUUUAUUUUUGUAUAGCGUAUUAUCACAACAUUACAUCGUCUCAAAGCGCUUUACAGCAUCCACACCCAAAGUCCCCAGUGAGUAAGCCAAAGGCGACAGUGGCAAGGAAAAACUCCCAAGAAGGAAGAAACCUUGGGAGGGACCAGACUCAAAGGGGGAGCCCAUCCUCCAAGGGCCGGCAGGGAGAGUCAAAUAGGAGAGAUGGUUAAGUGCCAAGUCACACUGUCCAAAUCAUAAGAUGUAGAAGAUGACACAGGCAGAACGGCUUCAUAAGAAAUUAUGAAGAAUAAUUACAAAAUGCCAAAUAGUAUCACACCCUGCUCAUCCGAUCCUCCUGUGUGCCAAGCCCUCUCAUUAACCUUGUGUGAAAUCCCGAUUGUUACCAGCUGUUUCGUAUUAUUCUCAUUGAGUCCUGUGUAUUUCAGUCCGCGUUUGAGUACGUUUCCUCAGUCCUAUCAUUGAAGUCAGUACCAUGUUUGUUCAUCAGCCUGCAAUAAACCCGUUUGUUUUGGGACUUCUGUCUAUUUGACCCUGAUUCCCUGAACCCUGCUCACUUGCCUAUACGCGAUCAUGACAGAAUGACAGGACUCUCGGACAAGGUACUCCCCCAGACCGAGGACUGCUACCACGGUCUGGUCAACAAAGUACUGUACUGCCUCAACCAGCUCGAAAUUCAGGAGGAUCCCCGCUGCAAGCUCUUGCCCUAUGAACCAGGGACAUGGUGGAAAAGCUGUUCCUGUCCGAUAACUCACCUCCCUGGGAGCAGGGCCUGUUCUGGAAAUUGCUGGAGGAUACAACGGUGCAGGAUUCCCCAGAAGUGGUCCGCACAGCUUCAAAGGAAAUUUGCAGCCUUCUCCCCAACUUCCUCACCCCGUGAGCUGGAGGGCAUGGCAGAGGACAUACGGCAGUUGAUCCAGUUAAGGGAAGAGCAGGCUUCCCUGAGAGGUGAUACUACACCUGCACCAGAAGCGCCGUCCUCUGCACCAACGGUUCCAGUUCCGGCGGCCAACUUGCCAUCCCCUGUGGUUCCAGAUCCUACAGUGCCCCCCCAUGGUCCUGUGCCUUCGCCCAAGGUUCCUGGCCUGGCAGUCCCUGCUCCGCCCGAGAUCCCAGCACCACUGCCUCCUGCUCCGCCCGCACCAGAUGUCCCGGCCCCGGCUCCACCCACAGAGGCUCCAGAUCCAGUUCCCUCGGUUCCAGAUCGAGUCCCCCCACCUUCCAGUUCCACACCCUGCUCCCAUGACCCCAAUCCCUGCUCCCAUGACCUCAGUCCCUGUCCCGGACUGUCUGAACACCACUCCUUCCCUCUUUGGGGAGAAGGAGCUGGAAUGGGACCCCUCAGGGAUUUCCCUGAUGGCCCCAAGUGGACCCCUCCGGUGGGUCACUCCGAUGAUCCCGGCCAAGUCCCCGCCUGUCGUUGUCCUAGAAGGGGAGAGGACUCCUGCGCAGGGGUCGAGUCCUGCCCGCCCUGCCUCCUGGCUCACCCUUGGUCUCCUACUCUGUAGCUCUGGGGACACCUGCGGGUCCUCCGGUUCCUGCUCAGUGGUCGCCUAUGGGCCCCCCUUCAAUAACUCGUUGGCCGCCUUCGGCCCCGCCUCCAACACCUCAUCGAUCACCUGUGGGUUCCCCCGCUUCGACUCGUCAGUCACCUGCAGGUCCUCCCACUCCAGCUCGUUGGUGGACGGCGCCAUCGCAUGCUGCGGCCUCCCCUCCCUCCUCACCUCCCCUGGUGCCCCCUCCAAGGUCCCCUCCUGCUCCGGCCUCGCGAUCGCCUGCUGAUCCUGCGGCUGCCGCCUUCUGCCCACUGGGGUUCCCUCGGGCUCCCCGUUGUCCCCCGUCCAUUCCCUUCCGGCCUCUAUUGUCUGCUCUUCGUCCCUCUGUGUCUCCUCUGUUCACUCCUGGUCCUUUUGUUCCUCUGGUUGGUGUUCCCUCGGUGUCUCCUUUUCUGGUGUGUCUGUCUGCAUUUCCCGUUCUGUGUCAGGUGUUGUUCUGGCUUCUGCCGCUGUGCCUGUUCUGUGUGUCUUUCCUGUUCCCGGUGUCCUGGUGAUGGGUUUUGCUUUUGUUUUUCAGGUUCUGUGUUCCUGGUACUGACUCUUCACCUCCCCUGAGGCGUGCCCAGAGUGCACACCUUUGGGGGGGGGGGGGG